AUGUACACUGAAAGGAUAGAACAGUGUAUAUGUAUGUUAAAAAAAAGAGUUCAUUUAUUUUGUUUAUAUUAGAAGAUAAAAUUUAAUAUUAAAGUGUUUGUUAUAUUUUGUCUAUAUUAAUGAAUAAAACUAUAAUUUACGAAAUGAAUGACGAAUUCGAGUGGAACGUUGUUCAUGAGGGGCAAUUAUUAGAUGCGAUGGUGGGACACAAACCAGUCGGAGUGAAUAAAUAUUUUCAAAUGGCCUUUAUUUGUGAUAAAUUUGUCGAUCAUGUCCACAAAGACAUCGAUUCUAGAAAGAUAUGGUCUCAUUUAGAAACUAUGUAUAACCUCGAAGCGUUAGAUGAAUGCGAAUCUAUACCAUUCCCAAAUACCGAAAUUGAAUUCAAAUUACCAGAAUCUGAAUACGGAAAUCUCAUUAUUAAAAAAGAUGAAGAAUUAACUAAAAAUAUUAAUGAAAAUGCAACUAAACAAGUAAAAGAGGCGAAGAAAGAUGAAAAAACUCCGAAUAAAAAUCAAAAAGAACGAAGAGACAGUAAAGAAGGGAAAGAUAAUAAUAAAAAUCCCAUUGCUAAAAAGGAGAUUAAAAAAGAGCCAGAAAAAGCGAAACCGAUUGCUAAAGGAAGAACUUCUACUUCGUCUAAUAACGAAAGUAAGAGUGGAAAAUCGAAGUUUGAAGAUACCCCAAAACCUUCAAAAAGACCGACCAGAGGAAGUUUGAAGUCCAAUGACGAUUCCGGAUCUAGUGGAAAAUCCAGUCCGAUUACAGUUACUCCUACCACAGCUAAAAGAAUAAGGCGCAUUUAAAAGCAGCUAAUUUAGUUGAACGUUUUACAUUAGCUACCUAGUUGAGAACCAAAGACAGGGUAUGUAAUAAAAUUUAUAUUCAAUUGACUCUUAAGAUAAGGAAAGCAAUGGAUCAAACAGCUCUCUCAAUCCAAAAAUUUCCACAGAAAUAAUUUGGAUUUACAAUUUUAUAUAUUUUUAGAUGAUGCAGAAACUUCCAUAACUCAAGGUUUUUCAUGUUUUACUAUCAUUUUUCAAACUGUUUUUUCGCAUUAUUCACUUCACAAUUUCAGUUCGGGCUUUUUUAUUUUGGUGGUUUUUGGUGUGUUUCCUUCUCUAAGAUUCCCGUUUUGUUGGAUAAAUAAUUUGAGGUUAUUUUGUUUAUUCUAAACACACUAUUUACACUAACACUACACCAACGUUCACAAUUACUUUUUCUGACGUUUUGAUAACUAUAUUAACGUCUUCAGAGAAGGUAAAUACGCGUUUGCAUGAUUAAAUUAUUCUUCUGGGACUGAACGUAAAUUCUUUAUCUUCAUUCUAUGAAGACGGUAACUUGGUUGUAUGUGUGUCGGUGUAGUGUUAUUAGUGUGUACAGGUACCAAAAAUUCCUUUUUUUCUUCUAAAUUGGUUCGUUGGUUGUUUUGCUUGCGCCACUGUUUCAUUGAACCACGUUUAGAACAAUAAUAUUAUUAAUUUCGGAAAUUGCAAAUUGAUAAAUUAGUCAAAUAGCAAAAAUUUCAAUUUCAAAGGAAAGUUUUCCAUGAAAGUAAAAAUAUUGAAUAGUUAUUCAAUAUUUUUUCUUUUUUACAAAAAAAAUGUGCUUCAAACUCAUACAAUAGUUUAUUUAAAUACACAAAAAGUAGUUUACAGUGAUUAAAAACAAAUUAAUCUCAUUACGCCUAUAUUUUCCAAAUUUAUAAAAAAAAAUAAAGCAGAAAAUCCCUUUUUUCGUCUUUUUUUUAAACAAAAUUAAAUAUACACCCCAUAAAAAUUAUCGCAUCACUCAUUAUAUUUUAAAUGUGUUGCCUAUUUUUCGAAUUUUAUUAUUAUUACCAAUUAAAACACCAAUAGAUACGCCUUUUGCGACAUUUAUUUUAUAUCAGUUUAAUCUACAGAGGACAAAAAGUUUGAUUUACCAAAACAUAGAAAAUAUCAAAAAAAUCGUACAAAACAUCUAUACAAAAAAAUGAACGCUAUUUCUAAUAGUGUGUGUUGCCGCCCCUCGCUCUAAUUACAGCUUCCAUUCGUCUUGGAAGGCUUCUAAACAGGUUCUGGACGUAUCCUUGCGGCAUGUUUUCUCAGAAGUUAAAAACAACAGUUUGGAGAUCAUCUAGUGCUCUUAUUGGUGCUGGAUGUUGCUGAAUUUGUCAUUCUAGAUGGUCCCAGACAUGCUCUUUUGGCUUAAGGUCCGGGCUACGUACAGGCCAAUUCAGGGUGGGUAUCUCUACCUCUUCUAAGUACUGCCGAACCACUCUAGCAGCAUGUGGACGAGCAUUAUCGUGCUUUAUAUAUUGGUUAUGUACCUGUCAUCAUUUAGUCUUCCAUCAUUCACUGGUACUAACUCCAUGCGACCCUCGAAAGAAAUUCCUCCCCAAACCAUGAUAGAGCCACCACCAAAGCUUUCAGUUUGACAAAAAUUAACCAGAUCGUGCUGUUCACCACGUCGCUUAUAUACUGGUACACGCCUAUCUGAUGAAUACAGACAAAAUCUUGAUUCAUCCUUGAAUAAAAUCUUGAAUAUUCCAAUUUGCGUGUUCUCGAGCAAAUUCCAAUUUUGCUACUUGAUGUUCUCUGGUAAGACGUGGACAUCUAGCUGGCACUCUGGCUCAUAUACCUGUUUCUCUCAGUUUAUUUCGAAAUGUUUGUAGGCUUAUUAAACGAAAUAAAUUUUUUAACAUUGAUCAACAACCUGGAGGUUAUUUUCUCUUCUUUUUUAAUUAAUCAUUCGCCGUAUCAUUAACAAAUUAAUAUCAUAGAGGUUUUUUAAUAACAUAGACAAAGUAAAAAUAGACUGCGCUUUCAAUAAAAUUUGUAUUCCUAUAUAAAAAUGUGUUUAUUAUGUAGUAGCUCAAUAAAUUUUUAUAAAAAUAUUGAAUGAAAUUUACCGUUCACGAAAUAAUUUGUUUAUUUUCGAACAUCAGAUUUCAAAAAAAAGAAGAAGAGUUUGGUAAACAACAAAGUGGUUAAUAUUAAAUCGCUUUGUUAUUAUCUAAUUUUAAUUAAUUUCGUAAACUUACCACUUAAUAAUGUAGAAAUAAAACUCGUUUAUAUAAAUGCAUUUCGUAAAACGAAUUUUUAUGUCGAACCAAUUUUUAACUGAAACCUUAUCUACCCUUUGUGUAACACAAACAUCCCCUUUUAAAAAUAAAGAAUGUUUAGCAUUCCAGCCCUCGCCUUAUCUUCCGAUAAGGCGAGAAUAGUAUUUUAUCUACAUAAAUAACAUUCUUGUGUUUCAACGUAUACAAAAUAAAAUUUCUAUUCUUAUGUAAACACGGUGUGAAGGUCAACAAAGCCAUCAAAAUGAAAGAAAACGAAUACAACUUACAAUAUACGUUACGAGGUUAGAAAUAUAACAUCUAAUUGUGCUUUUAGCACUAAUAGUUCAGUUUAUUUUCAUUGUUGCUUCCAAAUAAUUUUCUUACAGAAAAUUUCUUAGAUUUGAUUGUAUCCUAACACUAUAAUUGAGUUCAUGUUAGACAGAAUGAGACGUUUAGUUUAACAAUUCGACAUAAAUAAAUUUUUUAUUUAUGUAAAUGGUUUCUGUAUUUGCCAUAAUACAUUUUUAAGGUAGUGGAUAGUUUUUACUUCAUUUCUGUUACAGUAUUAUUAUUAUUUUGGUCAUUAAAAAAAUGUUUAUUAAAUAAAACGUAAAUUUGAUAAAUAUCGAAUUAACUGUAUACCAAAAAAUUGUUUGUAAUUAUUAGAUUUUAUAUUUUUCUCCUAUAAAUGAAACAUAUCUCUUUUACUGUGUUUAAAUUCAUCCUUUUUUCGUCCUUUACAAAAAAAAAUAUUAAAGGAAGAGCAAAAAAAUGACAUAUACAUUGAAACUAGUAUAAAUGAACAGCGUAGCCAGGUUUUGAGAGUAAUAUAGAAACUAAGGAAGUUAUAUUAUAACAGUAUACACCUGUAACAGAAUUACAUGUUUCAUUAUAGAGACAAAGGCCAGGUCAUAGAGGAAAGAAGAAUAAUGCAACCAAAACAAUCUUAUGUCAAUAUUUUAUUAAUUCAAAGAAAUGUUAUUAGUAAUUUUCCUAUAUUAUUAUUAGAAAUGUAAUUAUCUCAAUAAUUGGUUGUGUAAGUUACACAAAAUGGUUCAAUUUAAAGAAAAUUUCAACAUUUUAUUGACAUCUGUGAAAGUUACGUAACAAUCCAAGGAGUUGCCAAUUUUAAAGGAUUCUUAAUACAAGCUAGGGACGUUGUAACAAAUGAAUGGAUUGGACAGUGGGUGGAAACACCAAAUACGAAGAUUCACCCAGAAUGUAGUGCCAUCACGCAUAGCGAUCCGAAACCUAAACAAGCAGCAACAUUGGUCUGGCAAGCGCCCAAAAAUUCCAGAGGACAAGUUUAUUUCACGGGAACUGUAUUGAAAGGUUAUUCGGAGUUUUGGUCGAAUUUGGUGUCGCAGAUAGCAGCCUAAAAUUGAUAUAUAUUUCAUUUUAAAAGAAAAACAAAAUAC